AUCCGAGCAAAGUUAUCGGACUGGCAUAUUUUCCACUGGGAGCGUGAUUGCUGGUGCAUUUAGCGGAUUUAUGGCAUUCUAUGUGAUGGGUUUGGAUGGUAACUUUGGUCUGAGUGGUUGGCAAUGGAUCUUUCUCAUUGAUGGUUUGAUAACAGUUUUGAUUGCAUUUUUCUCCUAUUUUUUGAUCGCCGAUUAUCCGGAAACUACUAGUUGGCUUGCAAAUGAUGAACGCAAGACGAUCAUUAAUCGUAUACAGAUUGAUUCAGGACAAAUUUCUAUAACUAAUCAAGAUAAAUAUCAGAUUGUCGAGGCUUUUAAAGAUUGGAAAGUCUAUAUGUUCUCAAUUAUAUAUUUUAGUAUAUCAGUUCCUGAAUAUUCGUUCUUUUUCUUUCUUCCAUCGAUCGUAAAUGGUUUGGGAUUUGAUUCCGUAAGAUACACUGGAACUUGUAUUAUUGGAAUGGGAGUAUUUUCAUCUGUUCCUUUAGCAACAACGUGGCUAACAAACAAUUUAGCAGGAGACUUGAAACGUGCAGUAGGUUGCGCAUUGCUAGUAGCUAGUGGCAACGUUGGUGGAAUGAUAUCC